GUGGCGCUGACGGCGGUGGCGGAGCUGCUCCGAGGUCGGGUCCUCCCGUCGCUGCGCCGCUGGGAGAACUCACUCGCUACCCAGCCUCGCCCAGCCUCGCCCAGCCUCGCCCAGCCUCGCCGCGGCGCUCCGAGGGCUUCCCGCCGAGAUCAUGCGCGGCCCCGAGCUCCCGCUCGUCCUGCUGGCGCUCGUCCUCUGCCAGGCGCCCCGGGGGCCGGCCGCCUCGCUGCCGGUGGGCGGAGGGACAGUGCUGGCCAAGAUGUACCCGCGCGGCAACCACUGGGCGGUGGGUGAGUGUCCGGGAGGGCACUUAAUGGGAAAAAAGAGCACAGGUGAGUCCCCACAGGUGCUUGAAGGAGACAGCUUGAAGGAGCAACUAAAGGAAGACAUUCAGUGGAAAGAAGCUACAAGGAAUUUGCUGGGCCUCAUAGAAGCAAAGGGGAACAGAAGUCAUUGGCCACCUCAACUCAAGCCCUUAAGCAACUACCAGCCCACUUGGGACACAGAGGAUAGCAGCGACUUCAAAGAUUUGGUAGACAAGUUGCUCCAGGUUCUCAAGGGGAAAGAAGGAACCCCCAGUUGAACCGACAUUGGUGAUGAUGGCCUCAAAGGAGCAGAACAAAGCCCUUAAGAGACUGCAUUCUGCAAGCAUCAGUUCUACUGGAUCACCAACAGAUCUUUUGUGCAAAACACUUCGCUCUGCUUGUAUCUUUCAACCUUGACUAAAUUCAUGAUUUUCAAGCAGUAUCUUCUGGUUUGAACUUGUUUGCUGUGAACAAUUGUCCAAAACGGAGUCUUCCAAUAAAUGCUUUGUAUAUCUAGGCUACUCGUUAAUUAGAUUCAGGGCCCCAGUCUGUUACCAUUCACAAUAAAAGCUUAAACAUCUUC